AUGAUGCUCACAAGCUCAACUAAUUCUAAAGCAGGAAUUCAAUCUGAAUAUGAUCGUGAAAGUGAAUUAAAAGCUUUUGAUGGUUCAAAAACUGGCGUCAAGGGGCUUGUAGAUGCCGGGGUAACAAAGAUCCCCCGCAUAUUCAUCAACCAAAGUUUAAUCUGCAAGCGGAAUCAGGUUCAAGCAACUCGUAGUCGUAGUUGGGUGGUCAAUCAUGGAAUUCCCACAAGUGUUUUGGAGGAGAUGACAGAUGGGAUGCGUGGAUGUCAUGAGCAAGACGCCGAAGCACCGGCAGCUACUUGGGAGGAGAACUUGGCUUGUUCAAUGGCUCCUAAUCCUCCAGACCACGAAGAAUUGCCUGCUGUAUAG